CAACGACGACCAUGGCCGAGGUAGCAAAGACGGUGGCCCGCCAAUUGCCCGGCUUCAAGCUGGGACAGAAGCAGGUCUUUCUGCCCAACCAUGUAAUCACAUUUCUUCGAAAGGACUUCCUCCCCCCCAACGAGGCCACCUUCAAGGUGCCCCUGCGGUUCACGAAAUUCGAUCUUCGAGACUAUCUCUGGAACCUUUACAAUGUCGAGGUCACAAAGGUCCGGUCGUACGUCAAGCCGCAACCCCUCACCCAGCGCAACUCGCACUCGCGCUCGUGGUACCGCCCGCAGCCCCUCAAGAUCAUGACGGUCGAGCUGGCCAAGCCCUUCCAAUGGCCCGAGGUUCCCGAGGACAAGCAAGCCUGGAGCAACCAGUUGUGGCAGAUGCGAGAGGAUCUCAUGGACAAGCGAAACGACGAGCACAUCCAGCGCCAGAAAUUCCAGAUCGGAUUGAAGAGCAAGGAGCCCUGGACCAAAGAGAGACAGGCGCUGUCGGAUGUGGCAAAGAAGUACUUGUCGGGCGAGGAGAAGUGGUCCAACGACGUUGUUCUUGACCCCAAAUGGGACAAGAUCUUGGAAAAGAAGGACACAACGCCUGCGCAAAAGGAGGCUUGAGCGGUCUAUCGGAGAGAGAUAUCACAGCGGAUGACUGACGGCAGUACACUGCUAAUGAGAUGAUGAUUCGGAGCCACAGGGAAGGAAGCCUCUGUAGGAUACCCGGGCACCAGAGAUGUACAUUAUUGUAACUAGUCUUGAACGGCAAAGGAUGUUGGCGGGUCAAAAUUAUGAGUGCAAAUAGACGCUGAAUCUCCUGC